AUGUUUACGUAUGAUUACAGGGGGGUCCAAAAUGGCGGAAAAUGUGUUUACGUAAUUUCUGAACAAACCUCAACUGAUAUUCAAACUCAUUUAAUUAAUGGGAUAUUACGUAUUGAUAUAGCUAAAAUUGUACGUGAAAAUGACUUAUUAAAUGAAGAUGAAUUGAAAAAAUUAAUAAACCAAUUAGUUACAAAUUAUCAUCUUGUAUCAUCAACAAUAGCAGGUUUAGGUAAAACGACAUUUAUCCAAAACCAUGCACAAACAUUAAAGCGACAACUGAUUAAAUUUCCUAUUACGGGUGAUUUUAGUGUUGAUCAAAUUGGUGAACGAUUAUUAUCGAUUAGUACGCCAAAUGCAAUUCAUUUUGAUAUUGGUUCAAUAGAAAAUAUCAAUUUAUUGAAUUCAAUUCUAUUUUGUUUAUGUUUAUUUCGUAGUUACUGUUUUUCACAAAUAAUUAUUUAUUUACCAACAGAUACAUUAUUUUAUUUUGAAUUAGAAUCAUCCCCAUUUUUCACAUUAAAUCAAGGUAUAUACAUAUUUCGUUAUUUAGAUUUAACUAUAUUAACAAAAUUUAAUUUGAAUGAUCUCAUAGACAAAGAAGCACGUUUACUUUAUGUUACACGUUAUUUAUAUGCUAUUGAAAACAGAAUAAUUAAAGAUAAAGAAAUAACUGUUAUUAAUGAACAAUUAAUAACUAAAAGUAUGUGCAUUGACUUAAUAAAUAAAUAUUUUAUUCAAAACAAAGAUAAAAAUUAUUUAUCAUGGACACAGUUAAAAAUAUUUAUUAAUGUAUUUUAUCAUUUGUUUAAUGGAUUUUCAAAUUGUGGAUAUUUUCGUGUUGAUGCAUUACAAGAACCACAAUUACGAAUGGAUAUUAUACAAACAUUUCUUCAUUCAUCAAAUCAAUUUACAUUAAUAUCAGUUAAAUCAGUACGUGAAAAACAAGUGAAUUUAGACAAUGUUGAACAAAUUGACGAUCUUUUAAAUAAUUCGGUUAUAAGGUGCGAUAAAACACAACCGUUCACCGUUGUUUUCACUCAUUCAUAUGAUCCGUUAUUCGUAUACAAAACACCAAAUGACGUUCCCAAAUCUCUCCUACUAUAUUUUAAUACGCUAUCAAAAAAAAGUAAUCGAUGGUUGUCAAAUACAACAAAUGAUAUAUUUACUGAUUAUAAUAAACUAAAUCAUUUGGAGCUUUUCUUUAAAUUAGUUUCAUUACCGAUCAAAUAUUGGAAUAAGGCAAUAUGUACAGAAUGCUUUAGGCAGUAUCCAUAUGACAGCAAUACAUGCACUGAAUGCAAAGUGUCAUUAACGAAACCAAAAUCGUUUAAUACCGAUCACAUAAAACAAUUUCAAACACAAAUAGGUCAAUUACUUGAACAAGAAUAUGUAAUAACACCGGAUAAUUAUAUCAAAAUGUUGUUAGUAUGGUUGAGAAUUAGUAGUACUUUACCUGUUAUUAUUAUGGGUGAAACCCAGGUAAAUUUAAAACAAAUAUUAUAA